AUGCAGCCAGUCGGACAGAAGCAGCCUUAUGGUGUCACAAAAAUUGUUCAGGUCCAAUGUCCAUCUCAGGAAAAUCCGUAUUUGUUUACAUAUAGAAAUAGUAACUAUUUAUCUUCCCUGAAGACAUCAAACGCCAAAGAAACAUCUCAGGAGAGAAGUUAUGGAACAAAUAUUCCCUGUACUGACCGGGAUCCCUCUGAUACGGUUCCGGUUUCAGUUCAUAAUUUGAAACCGGCAGAUAUCCAGGUGAUUGCUGCACUGGGAGAUUCACUCACAGCAGCUAAUGGGGCAGCAUCCAAACCUCACGAUGUUCUGAAUGUCCUGGUUCAGUACCGAGGUCUUUCUUGGAGUGUUGGAGGAAAUGAAAACAUAAGCACGGUCACGACACUAGCAAAUAUUCUUCGUGAGUUCAACCCAUCCUUGGUAGGGUAUUCCACUGGCACUGGAACGCAGGAUUCAGAAAAUGCUGCGCUCAACCAAGCUGUGACAGGGGCUCGUGCAGAGAAUGUUCCUCAACAGGUUAGAAAACUGGUGGACCGCAUGAAGAACGAUACUAGAAUAAAUUUUCAGACUGACUGGAAGCUCAUAACACUUUUCAUAGGAGGAAAUAACCUAUGUGGAUUCUGCGAGGAUCCAGCUCACCAUUCUCCUGAAAACUACUCCUAUAAUCUACAAAUAGCUUUGGACUUACUUCACAAAGAGGUUCCACGGGCAUAUGUGAACCUGGUGACGAUACUACCCAUUGCAAGCCUCCGGGAGCUGCACGCCUUGAAAAACAAUAGCUGCCCAAAGCUACUUAUGAGGAUCCUGUGCCCUUGUGUCAUAACCCCUGAGGACAACUCCAAUGAGUUAAAGAAGUUGAUCUACUCUAAUGGAAGGUAUCAGGAGAGAACCCGCCAGUUAGUGGAGAGUGGAAGGUAUGACACUAAGGAUGAUUUCACAGUGGUUAUGCAGCCAUUUAUGACUAAUAUGGACAUACCAAGAACACAGGAGGGGUGGCCGGAUGAUUCAUAUUUUGCCCCAGAUUGUUUCCACUUCAGCCAGAAGACUCAUUCCCAGGCUGCACGUGCUUUGUGGAACAACAUGAUGGAGCCCUUAGGGGAGAAGACAGAUAAUCAGCGCAUAGAGGAUGAGAUUGUUCUCAAAUGUCCAAAUGCAGCUGUGCCGUUCCUGAGGACGUAUAAGAACAGUAAUUACACAUACCCUAACCAAACUCCAAAUUAUGGAAGCCAGCUGCCAUGUGAGGACAGGUCCCCAUCCUCCCCUCCUGCAACUUCAGUGCAUUCCCUAAAGCCAGCUGAUGUGAAAAUUAUAGCAGCCCUUGGGGAUUCUUUGACGGCUGGUACAGGAAUUGCCUCAGAUACUCUUGAGGAUUUAGCCACUGAAUACCGGGGACUGUCUUGGAGUAUUGGAGGAGAUGAGUCGUUAAAGAAUGUGACAACUCUACCUAACAUCUUCCGAGAGUUCAAUGUUACAAUCAUGGGCUAUUCAACUGGCACAGGGAGUGAGAAUGAUUCCAACGCAUUCCUUAACCAGGCAGUUCCUGGAGCAGAGGCUGA